AUGGCUAGCAACAACGUAUCGAAACCAAACUCCCCGGCAGUUCUGUCCACACCCCCGGACUUCAGAAGCCGCCAUGAUUCUAUCAACUCCAUAUCGACCGCUUCGCAGGCCGACAAGGACCAGCUAGCCCACACUUUGAACAGGAUCCACACGUCGGCAAGCCAGUCCGAUUCUUUGACGACAUUUAACGACUUUGCUCCUCCGCCCUCAUCCCUCCCGGCGACAGAAACGAAGGUUUUGGCAGGAGAACUGGUUCAAAAUGGUCUCAGCGGGCUAUACAGUCGGCUGAAAGAGGCGGUGGGCGCCGUCGGGGCGAGACAGCAAGACCUCGACGACGGUGACAGCUUUGAUGCUGCGUCGAAGCGCAGCACCAGCACCACGGCUACAACCCCGAAAAUACCGAUCGCCUCUCUCGCGCGCGUCGAAACCGCCGCCACCAGCUCCUCAUUCAACUCGGGAACAACGCACGACGGUCCCAUGACAGGAACUUCCUCAUCUGGCAUGAACACUGUCAUGUCCGAUAGCCAGUCACAUCCUCCUCAGUCGUCGAAAGCAACAUCCAUUUCCGCCAUGACGGCGUCCAAGUCGAGCGCUGCCAGCCGGCAGAGUUUGCCCAGCGUGGCCAAGGCCUCAGCGGUCACGGCUAUCAAUCCUGAGGUUGCUCCGGCCACAGCACCAAGAAGCGUAGUCCGCAUGGAGGAUGGUCCUGGUCGGUCAUCCGGGAGGAGAAGCAUAAGCAAACAGCCUGAUCCUCGGCCGUUCGUGAUCGGUUCUGAAAGCUCGCACAAGUUUGAUGUCCUCGAGCUCAAAUCCGGCGCAGCUAUCGAUCGAAGCCAUGGACUAUCCCGGCCCAGACGUGAAGACGCGGUUGUCGACGGUCCUUCAGAUAAGCCCCUGAGCCCGAUCAAGACCAGCGCACCCCAGUUGCCCAAGUUGCAAACCGCGGAUCCCCGGUCUCCUACAUUGUCAACCUCGUCGAUGAUGCUGGCCCCGAAGCGGCCAGCGGUUAUUGAUCGCAUUAGUCGGUCUCGGUCACCUGGCUAUGCCCCGUCAAGAUCUUCCUCCAUGGAACAUGUUACCGCAGAACCCAGUCCCAUCAGUACGACUGCUCACGACUCUGUAUACCAUGACUCCUUCGCCCAUGCUGCUCAGCCCAUACAUGGGAGAACAGGGGCUUUGCGCAUUCCUGGUACAACGACCAACGAAGGCGCCCCUGAACAAGUCAACGCAAGACUUGAUCGAAUGCGGCGUCAGGUUCUGAGUAAAGAAUUCUGGAUGGCUGAUGAAACGUGCAAAGAAUGUUUCAUUUGCGCCCAGCCUUUCUCGGCCUUCAGGAGAAAGCACCAUUGCCGAACCUGCGGCUGCAUCUUUGAUUCAAAAUGCACCUCCAUCAUCCCAGCAUCAAAGUUCGGAAUGACAGGGACUUUGAGAGUCUGCAAGACUUGCCUUAAGGUCAUCAACCAGCGACUCUAUGAAGGGAGCGGCUCUGACGACUCCGGGGAUGACUCAUUUCUGCCAGCUCUUUUUCGUCAAACCAAGGCGACGCCCAAGGUCACGCAGGCAGAGGCUGAGGUUGAAGAACCGAGCUUUGCUGAUCGAAUGGAGGACUUGGGCGACGCAAGAUCUGUUCAGACACCCAUGAUGGCGAUCCCCGCGACCAGAAGAAUCAACGACUCCAACCGAAAUUCGGCCAUUCUGGAAAUUGACGCACCGCAACUCAGUCGCCCGAGCUCCUCGCGUUCUCUAAGGUCAUUGACAUCUGCAAACCGGCCGCAGUCGUCAGGUCACAGGCGGCACCAUUCAAAGCAUCACAACAAUUUUAUGUCAAGGUUCAAGCCAAUGCCAGAUGACAGAGCACCGUUCCGCAAAGGAAUCACUGAGGAGAUGGCUAAGAAACCGAAAUAUCCGGCCUUCCACGACGACAACAUAAUCGAUCCUGAACUGGCUGCCUACAUGUCAGACGAAUCAAGCGGCGACGAACAGAUGAGCAUAUUUGCCACAAUGUCUAAUGCCGAUCUGCAACCGUCGAGCUAUGACCAUGAAAAGUCAAGCUUUGGACCCUUUCUGAGCACGGGAAGGAGACAUCGACUCGGACGAGGAGAGAAGAGCGUCAGUGGUUUGAGCUUCACGAGCCGUGGAAUGGAGGAUAAUGCUGGCUCCGGAAGUCUUAUUGGCCUUGGCCGGCCCGCGAGAAGACGCAAUCUCAGCAACGUGAGCCAUCAGAUGAGGUCUCCACGCCCAAAGUCUGGCAUUUUCAAAGGCCCAUCUGCGUCCAACGAGAACGUUUUCACUAUUGAGAAUCCUGCUAUCGAAGCUACGAAAUUGACUAGGAGCGAUUCGAUGCAAGCGGACAAGCAGCCACAGGUGGAGCUCAAUCCAUCUAGCAUGUUGCAUGUCAAGAGGCUGCUACAUCAGUUGCUCGAAGACUCUGGCAUACCCAAUGUGCCAGCAUGGGAAAAGGCUCUGGUCCCCAUCUUGCUUCAGUGCACCGACGAUGUGACCCCCGACAUCAGAGUAGGAGACGAUAUGGACAUACGGCACUAUGUCAAGCUGAAGAAAAUCCCAGGCGGCAAACCAGGAGACACGAGCUACGUCUCAGGUGUCAUAUUCACAAAGAAUCUUGCACUCAAGAGCAUGCCCCGCCGCAUUCUGAACCCCCGCAUCGUCAUUGUCUCCUUCCCAAUAGAAUACCAGCGACACCAACAACACUUUAUGAGCCUCCAACCUGUCAUCGAACAGGAGAAAGAGUUCUUGCGAAUUGUCGUCAACCGCAUCAUCAACCUGCGCCCGCAACUGCUUCUCUGCGAAAAGUCUGUCUCCGGCGUUGCGUUGCAGUAUCUCUCUGAGGCGAACAUCGCUGUUGCUUACAAUGUUAAGCCAUCGGUUAUCGAAGCCGUAUCACGAUGCGCAGAAACGGACAUUAUCUCCUCUCUUGAUAUGCUGGCCUUACAAGUUCAGGUUGGGAGAUCUGGCGGCUUCGAAGUCAAGACCUACGUUAACAAGAAUUAUCCUGGAAAGAAAAAGACAUACAUCUUCCUAUCAGGAUGCUCUGAGAAGCUUGGUUGUACGAUUGCCCUUCGUGGUGACUCAACUGAAGUUCUGUCGAAAAUGAAGAAGAUAACAGAGUUCAUGGUCUACGUUGUCUACAACUUGAAGUUGGAGACGUGCUUGAUGAGAGACGAGUACAUCCAAUUACCGGCAGAGCCUGAGGAGUCAACCUCACUAUCAUCAUCUCUUCGCCAUAACCCAGAGGAUGGCCCUCGAUCUCUCAGCGCGUCAACUGAACUCAGAGAGACGGGAACGCAGAUUUCGAAAACCUCGCCCCCCGAGUCUGAACUUGCUACACAAACGAGUGAUGGCACGUCGUUAGUCACUGCCGAAGGGACUGUAUCGUCAGAUCAGACUGAAGAGCCUGUCCCGGAAGAACGACCUCCACUCGUAUCUCUUCAUGCCUCUCACGUUCCGCCCACGUCUCCCGAGUCUCAAGUACCAGAAGACGUGCCGAUGCCGACAUACUACAGCGACAUGGUUGCGAGAUACGAGACCAAGAUCCUCUCAGCGUCCCCAUUCGUCAAGUUUGCGCAGCCUUACUUGCUCAUGAAGGCACGAGAACAGGAGCGAAGAUUGGUCUACUUGAAGCGCCUGAGAGAUCAAGAUGUGGUUGAGGAGCAGAUUGACGCCGAAAAGUCGAAGUCACAAAAGUUUCAGCUCAUUAAGCCUGAAAUGGUUCACGCUAUUGGACAGAAGGCGCCACGCCAAGUCAUGGAAAUUCUGCAUGCUGUCCACGAUGCCGAAUAUGACAAGGCGCUGUACAAUUACCAGGUUCAGACCCGGCAAUGGGAGAACUACAUCCAGGGCAACCUUGACCUUUUCGAUCCCUAUUCUCACCAGAACAUUGUCGUUCUAUACUCAGUUAUCUGCACAGAGACGAAAAUCCCGUGCUCCGAACCCGGGCUGAUUGCGAUUGCGUUCUACGAUGAGCAUGUAGACGAAAGUGGAAGCAUGGAUCCUGACUGCACUCUCGGUCAAUACAUUGAAGACUUGUGCAUCAGCAAGGACUCGAUAUGCACAGCCAAUGGCUGCGACCGAAAGAUGACAGCGCAUCAUCGUACCUAUGUACAUGAUGAGUCCCGAGUCACUAUUUUUGUUGAGCCUGCGGCCAAAAGGCGCAAUCUAGAUGGCAUCACUAUGUGGAGCUACUGCAAAACAUGCAAGAAGGAUUCUCCUGAGAUGGGAAUGUCUGACAGCACUUGGAAAUAUUCUUUUGGCAAGUACCUUGAGCUUCUGUUCUGGAGCAGGGGCCUGCGUCUCCACGAGUUCUCUGGCUGCCCGCACGACCAUCACCGCGAUCACAUCCGGUACUUCCAUUACCGCGAUACCUGGGUGAGGAUACAUUAUGAUCCAAUCGAUCUCCUCGAAAUUGUCGUCCCUCGAGCUCGGAUUACGUGGAAGGUCGAAAAUGACCUCAAGCUCAAAAACGAGAUUUUCAACAAAAUUGAGGAACGAUGGGCACGCUUCAUAAACUCUGUCAAGUUCAGGCUGAAGAGCAUCCGCAUCGACAGCGUUUUACCCGAAAAGGCCGAUGCGUGUAAGACUGAAGUUGACAGACUCGCCAAGAAAGCGCAGGAUGACCAAGUCGCUUUGACCCGCAGACUCCAGGAAACCUACGUCAACUCCAAGUAUUACGAAGUCAUACCGUUUAAUGCGAUUGUCAGAGAGAUGCUGGAGAAGGCUGGUGAUUGGGAUGCUUCCUUCACCAAAUUCGAAACCGAUUUUCUUCCGGACAAAGACCUGCGUCAAUUAACAAUGAUUCAGCUCAAGAAAAUCUUCACGGACAAUGAGUCGAGAGAGUCUCUUCCCUCCACGGACGGGAAUUCCACCGUGGACUCCGGGGAUCCCCCAUCCCAAACUUUCUCAGAUGCUGACGAGAAGUCUUCGACCCAACCGACGGACCCAACUGAACCUAGUGAGGAAGGCGUCUCAGAGACAACUAAGAACGAGGGCGAGCCAGAAAAUGAGACUGAGGAACUGAAGGAAAAGGAACCGCUAUCAGAAACAGAGUCAACUCAAGAGCAAGACCCUGGACCAGAUUCCAAGAACCAGCCUGCUGUCGAAGACGAUAACCCUGAAUCCUCGGAAGCUAGCAAAACCAGUACGCCGGCUGAAGCUGUUUUGGACAGAGUAGAACCUCUGGACCUGGCUAGUCCAAGCUCACCAAAAGGGAAGAGUCCCUUCGCUUUUGCUGCCAUCGACGAAGCCGGGGAGACGUCAAAUGUGUCGGGGAUUGUUGAGCCAACUGCACCGGGUGUCAGACCUCCACUCACUACGACCUCUACGGGAAUUUCUCUCUCUGAAAAAGUUGAACAACUUCGACGUGAGCAACAGGUUUUAGGUCAUGAGACACCCCCAGUCAGCGAGUCCUCUGAGGCACCGAAAGCAAACCCGGAGCGAACACUGGCUCGCAGAGCUCCGAUGAUUAGAACCAUGUCACAGCCUGCACAAACACUACCGAGAUCACAAGCAAGUUUUGCCAAGUCAAUCUUGCCAAAGGACAGCGUCGGGCCGGCUGAAAACUCAAGCGAAACAUCGUUCAAAGUGGACAAGAAGCCAUUUGAUCGGCUAGCGUUGGGGAUGAAAAGCCAUAGGAAAGCCGGCCCCUCCUCAAUCCCUAGGCUGAUCACCAAAAAGAAGGAUACGCAUGUGUCGUCCCAGGUAUCUAGGAUCGCCAGGCACUUUGAACAGCUGAGUCGUGAAUUUGAGAAGGAGAGGCAGAGGGAAGACCGCAGAAAGCGCCUUGCCAAACAUCAACCUCGCGCCGGUCUGCCACGCUCAGCUACCAAGGCCAUUGUGGAGGUCUAUCACAACAUUGACAAUGCCGUCCAGGAGGCCGGACCGUCAAAUACGGAACAAAACAACGAGAUCAAGAUUCUCGAGCCGAAGACUGCGCCUGUUACCCCAGCACCUCCAGGUGUUGUGCGUACGGAACCUGAUACAAUGCCACCCGCAGGAGAGCCACAUCCGGCAACAGAAGCUCCGGCCACGUCCGAAGAGCUCCACGUCGGCGGAGAGACAGACGACACUGCGACGGUAACUGCCAGUCAUGGCGGAUCUGACGACGAAGGGCAAAGUGACAAUGAAGAGUCGAUACUAGGCGACUUACUGCCUGAUGUUAAGGAGUUGGCGGACUCUCUCGAGCCAAGUACAGAGAUUCCGUUGGAACUGCCAAAGCAUCAAAAGACUAGCUUGAUGAAGAUGCUCACAAACUUCUGGGCCGAACGAUCUGCGAGUGGCUGGCCUCAGUUGGACUACCCAGUCAACGCCAGCGAUCACAUUUUCCUCGACUCGGACGUGAUUGUAAGAGAGGACGAGCCUUCCUCCGUCAUUGCUUUUGCUCUAAGCUCUGAUGAUUACCGCACGAAGCUGGCUGAUAUUCGCCGUCAAGAGCGGAUGGCCAUACAAAAAGAUUAUGAAGCAUCGAAUCUGGACGGCAAGUCUUCUGGUAUGUCUGACACCGGCGGUGAAUUCAUGAUGGAAGAGGGCGACCUGGAGAAAAGUCUGCUCAGAGCCACGGGUACCCAUCUUAAGUACCAAUUCAAGGAAGGUUCUGCAACGAUGCUCUGCAAGAUCUUCUAUGCCGAGCAGUUCGAUGCGCUUCGCCGGAAGUGCGGUGUUGCAGACCGCAUUGUCGAGUCUCUUUCUCGCUGCUUGAAAUGGGACUCGAAGGGCGGGAAGACAAAGUCGGUGUUUCUCAAGACCCUUGACGACCGGCUAGUUCUCAAGGGCCUAUCGCCCAUUGAGACGUCGGCCUUCCUACGAUUCGCUCCGGCCUAUUUUGGCAUCAUGGCAGAAGCUCUGUUCCAUGAAUUGCCUUCCGUCAUUGCCAAAAUGCUGGGUUUCUUCCAGCUGAUUAUCAAGAACCCAGUCACUGGUGUUGAAAUUAAGCUUGAUCUUCUCCUCAUGGAAAACCUCUUCUACGAUCGUGGCCCAACCCGUCUUUUCGACUUGAAAGGUUCAAUGCGCAAUCGCAAGAUUCAGUCAACGGGCGAGCAGAAUGAAGUGCUCCUUGAUGAGAACAUGGUUGAGUUCAUCUACGAAUCACCCUUAUUCGCGCGCGAGCAUUCCAAGAAGCUUCUGAGAGCAUCUGUCUGGAACGACACCCUGUUCCUCGCAAGACAGAACGUGAUGGACUACUCGUUAAUGAUUGCCGUGGAUGAAGCUAAGAAGGAGUUGGUUGUUGGUAUCAUUGACUGUAUCCGAACGUACACGUGGGACAAGAAACUCGAGAGUUGGAUCAAAGAUCGGGGAUUUGCUGGGGGUGGCAGAAAUCGCCCGACGGUGACCAGCCCGAAGGAAUACAAGUCUCGCUUCCGAGAGGCGAUGGCCAGGUACGUGUACAUCCUCCAAGCGCCAAAUUGCUGGCAUCAAUUCGGCGUGCCCCAACUGAACAACACCAUGAGGCCGCGGUUCGAACCAGAUGCCAAGGCCGAUUGA